AUGCGUUUUCGAAGUCAACUGACUAACAUUGUCACCUUCACCAAAUUGACAGCUUCCCUCUCAUCGCUAGGGAAAGUCUGCUGGAUGCGCCUGGAAGAUGGCAUCGUCCGCUUCACCAUCAUCCCCGACCAAGGCACGCAAGUGUGGGCCCAGUUACCAGUCGACGCCAUCUUCGACGAACCAACCUACACCCUCCAAUCCAACUCAGGAGUCAUCAACCUCGAAGUGCCAAUCGGCGCGCUCCAUCGCGCCCUCCGCUCCGCAACAGGCGCCACCUCCGCCCAACUCCGCCUCACAAAGAAAGGCAACAUCCCCCUCCUCGCACUAACCGUCCUCUCCUCCUCCUGGACAACAGGCUCAAACGCCCUCGGGAUCACCAACCCGGUCAAUGGAACCGCUGCCGCCGCAGCCCCAGGAGCUGCUGCAGGCGUGACGGGGCCCCGCGAACGCGAAACGGUAAUCACGCAAGAAAUCCCCGUCAAGGUCCUACACGAAAGCGCAGUCGAAGGCCUACACGAGCCGCGCUGCCGCGAUCCAGACGUGCACAUCAUCCUCCCGAGCCUGGCACACCUGAAAAGCAUCUCGGAGCGCUUCUCGAAGCUAGCGGGGGACGCGCGACCCGCUGCCAGCGGCGGGAUUGUGUCCUCGACGCUGACGUCGCCCAAGCUCGAGUUAUCGGCGAAUAUGCAUGGCUCGCUGAGGCUGGCGAUUGCGACCGAUGCGCUGCGCAUCUCGAGUGUGUGGAGUGAUCUCGUGAACCCGCCGCUGGAUCCGGCGGGGAUGUCGCAGAGUGAGAUUGAGCAGUUGCCCAGUGAGAGGAUGCGGGCGCUGGGGAGUGAUGACGAGGCGGGGUGGGCUAAGGUGCGGAUCGAUGCUAAGGAUUGGAGUCGGGUGUUGAGUAUUGGGCGGCUGAGCCCGAAGGUGGUUGCCUGUUUCAUCCACGAGACGGCCCUGAUUCUGUAUGUUUACUUACCACAAAGUUGGAAUGGGGAGGAUUCGUGCUUGACAGAAGUCGUGCAGCGCAACUGUGUGCGCCAGACGUAUAUGCAAACAUGCAAGGAGAAAUCUUGCAAAGCGCCGCCAAAACAGGCCGCUAUCAUUCAAGCCGAACCCGGCAUGCAAGCUUCUAAGCAAACUCAACAUCAAUGGUUCUAUGACCGGACCGAGUAUAUGCAUAUCACAUUUUGCAAGAAGUGA